UCAGUGCUGCCCAGCAGUGCCACCUGUCAGUGCUGCCCAGCAGUGCCACAUCAGUGCCACCUGUCAGUGUCCAUCAGUGCCUUGUGUCAGUGCCCAUCAGUGCCACAUCAAUGCCACAUAUCAGUGCCAAUCUGCCUUUCAGUGUCACCCAUCAGUGCCAGUCAGUGUCACCCAUUAAUGCCAAUCAGUGCCACCUAUCAGCGGUGCCAAUCAGUGCCACCUAUCAGUGCCAGUCAGUGCCGCCUAUCAGUGCCAGUCAGUGUCGCCUAUCAGUGCCAGUCAGUGCUGCCUGUCAGUGCC